AUGUCGUAUACCAACCAGUCUCCCGUGGAAUCACCCGUCUUGUACAGAAACAGGGCUAUGAGGUCGGAGUGGGCAAGCACGGCUACCAGACCUCACCAGCCGCCCUCGGAGACGAACCGGAAGGAGUUUGAACCCACAGCCAACCCGGCAGCGACGACCAGCGGCUAUGCCAUGCCCUCCGUGUACUACCUGAGGCGGCGGCUACUGCGGCACCACUCGUCGCAAACGGAGGAAGAUCCCUGCACAGAAACCGACUCAACACAGGGAAGCUGUGGCUCUCCCUUACAAAAAUAUCAGCCGAGCCCUCCUCAGGCGAGGAGACGAACAAGCAGCUUCGCGGCCGCCGACGCCGUCUGCUGCCCCCGGGAACCGCGCACCUCGGACCUCGACUCGAGCCUCGUGAGCAGCAGCAGCGGCUCGGGGGGAUUGCCGCCAGGGGUCGCCCUGCUUCGCUUCGGAGGCAGCGCUACCACGCACACGGACAAGGGUCCGAGCCCCACCAGGAGCGCUUCGGCGGCAGUCCAGUGCCACAGCAGCGAAGCCGGCGACGAAGCUGCGCAAUGCGGCGGCGGCGGCGGCGACACGGGCUACGGCGAGACUUCAUCAUCCGAGGAGCAGGAGUCGAGCUGGAGUCGCUCUACGGAGUCGUCGGCAGCCCCGUCGUCUUCGUCGUCGCCGUCCGGUGACACGGCGUCCGGAGCUCUGGCCUCGGUGUCGGACGACCAGGACGAGACUCAGGCCGAAGACGACGACGAAGACGACGAGGACGACGACGGCGAGGUCGACCUCAGCAAACUGGAGACCCAGACUCAAGCUGCGCCUUUCAAGUGGCCGCCGACAACCAUUUCGCAAGCACCGACAGGAGAGGUGAGAAUGCUGGGCUGCGCGUGUUUUAACGUAGUAACGUUAAGGGCCCUUGUCGCAGAAAAUCCGGUGUCGGCAUCGUCUCGCGUUGUCCGCUAUACGGAAAAAUGCCGUAUAUAUUUAGGUAUAUGUAUAUGCCACGCCUUGCUACAUGGUAAGCGGUAUAUGCGGGUAAUACUGCCACACCCUUCUAUCGCUAAAGUUGCUCAUACCUUGUCUUACAUUCUUGACAAAUGGAUUUCUCGAAAUUUUGAGAAUGACAGCCUACAAACAAAUGUCAUGAAACAAAACACCGACAGUGCAUGCCUUGUAUGGAAAAUCUUCUCAGACUCAAAUAUUAAAAAUGCGAAAGAAUAACAGAAACCUGAAAAUAAUGCUUUUUUUUUUGGCGCGGCUUUAUACUAUCUCCGGGAUCGGCCCACGCAAGAGACGGCGUUUCCACCAAUCGCAGAGUGGCGCGCGGCGCUCGGUUCGUUGCAACACCAUCCAGAUGGCGCUCGCCUCCGCGUAUCCGCAGCAGCGGCGGACGCCCGCUGUGCGGGGGAAAGAAAACAGAAAGCUCGCCAUCGUGCAUAGCGUUCGCCGCCAGCGUUUCCCGGUAAACAUUACGCCCUAUAUCAUGAUGAUACCGCCACUGCUU